AUGGGUGAAAAUUUAAUAGGAAAGGACACCGAAAAUGAGAGGAACAGGAAGUGGGAGAUGGCAUACAAGGCCCGGAUGAGGCAGAUUGUCCCUGGUCUCUUUCUUGGGAAUGUUGAGGCAUCACACAAAGGGGACCUGCUUCAAAAAAACCGUAUCAACGCAAUUGUGUCUCUUACUACUACUCGAUGGGUAUGGUGGAGCUCUACUACAAGAUCGGCAGGCAUUCCAGAGCCUCGUCACAGAUGGGUUCAGUGUGCAGACUCGUCAACGCAAGACCUCCUUGCUCAUAUGAGCGAUAUUUGCGACUUUAUCGACCAAAUGGCAUCUCCUGCUCUUUGCUUAUUGUCCUCUUUACCUAUCGAUGCUAUGAAUGAUGAGCAAUACGAUAUAACUUCGGAGGCGAUAUUAAUCCACUGUGAUCUUGGCAUAUCACGCUCGCCAACAAUCAUCAUCGCCUAUCUUAUGCGCAAACUCCGCAUCCCGAAAGUGGACGUAUUGAAUCUUAUCCAAUUCAAACAAAAAGUCAAACCGAGCCCGAAUUUCACCCGUCAACUUCAAGUUUGGGAGGAGGUUGGAUAUCAAGUAUGGGAUAAUGAAGAUAGGACUAUCCCGAAAGCGCCAUACAAAGCGUUUCUGGAAGAUCGAGAUGCCCUUUUGAAAAAGAAGGGACUGACCGGGAAUGAGCCGCUCGCACCCCUCACCCUUUAA